AUAGUUGCGUUCGCGAUUCCUGUUAGAGAGAGAACCAAGAAAAUAGCUUUCUUUCUCUUCUUUCUCUCUCUCUCUCGUCAUUAUUCAUAGGGCGUCUGCAAAAUUGUAACUUUUUGUGGGUGGAGUGAGAAAUACAAUAUGUAUACACAAUUGGAUUAAACCCAUUUCGUCACGGACAAUAUUAACAUAUACUGUAGUAAAUCAUUUCAAUCGUCGUUUCGGUGUGUUCUUCCUCCUCAAGCAGAUAUUGUUCUUUUGACUCCGCGGACGUAUCGAUGUGGAUUGCUUGCUGUUGAUCUUGUGUUUGUUUUGGUUUUGUGGAAAAAAAGAUGGGGAGGGGAAAAAAGGUUGUGAGCAAGAAGGAUGUGAAGGGUGGAAUUGGCUGUAAAGGUAAAGGAUCGGAUGAUUCAGAUGAGGACUAUACAGUGGGAGAAGACGAGGCAUGCAAUGAGUCAGAUGAAAAUUGUUCAUCCUUUGCUGGAGAGGAAUCUGAUGAGAGUUUAUUUGAAUUUGAAGAGGAUCUUGAGGAGGAUGAGGAGGAAGACAACAAGAAGAGAAAGGUUAGAAGGUCAGAAGGACGAUAUUGUCCCAAUGUGAAGAAAAGCACGGUUGGAAAUGUUCCCAAGAAAAGAAGGAUUUCCUACAAAGAGGAAGAUGAUGAGAGCUGUAAAGACGAAGACGAUGAUGAAGAUGUGGAGUUUACGCCGGAUGAGAUUGAUUUAGAUGAUGAAGAUGAGAUAUCAGAAGAAAGAAAGGUACCUAGGCAACCUUCGUGGGAAAAGGGUAUUGUUAAAAAACAUAGGAGUAAUACUUUAAAAAAAUCGAUCAGGAAGAAACCAAGAAAAAGAGUGACCAACAAUAGCAGUGAUCUCCCCAAGAGGAAUAGAAUUGUAAAAGGAAGGAAGAAGAAAAAUUCCAAUCAUAAGAAAAGGAGAAGAAGAUUUAUAGCAGAUUCUGAUUCCGAUUAUAUGAGCUCCAAAUCCAAAUCAUCAGACUUCGAGUACACAAUAUCUGAAGAAGAGCGGGAACAAAUAAGAGAAGCAAGUGAUUUUUGCAGGAAUCUGGGUCAUAACCUGUUAGAGGAAGGGGAAAUUGUUAAGCAAAGAAAUCAACCUGAUAGGAAAACUAAGGUGGACACAGAGGAUAUGAUGCACGAAGUUGUUGGAGAUGAACUGGAAGUGUAUCAUCAGAAAGAAGAGCCACAGACACAGCCACAGCCACGGAAAAAAGGCAAGGAGAAGGUGGAUGACUUGAAAAAUGAAGAAGGGAAGCAGGUUUGUGGUAUCUGCUUUACUGAAGAAGGGAAGAGGAUGAUAAGAGGGACAUUAAAUUGUUGCAGUCACUACUUCUGUUUUGCAUGCAUUUUUGAGUGGUCAAAGGUGGAAUCACGCUGCCCUUUGUGCAAGCAAAGGUUUGAGAGCAUCAGUAAGCCAUCCAGAUCAAAUGUUGGCUUUGAUCUACCAGCUGUUGUGAUGCAAAUUCCAGAACGUGAUCAGGUUUAUCAACCAUCUGAAGAAGAACUUCGCAGUUAUAUUGACCCAUAUGAAAAUGUGUUUUGUACUGAAUGUCAACAAGGUGGUGAUGAUGCUUUGAUGUUACUGUGCGAUAUAUGCGAUUCACCUGCACAUACAUACUGUGUUGGCCUUGGGCGUCAAGUUCCUGAUGGCAAUUGGUACUGUGAAGGUUGUAGACCAACUGAUGGUUCCUCAAUUCCUCCACUGCCAAACCCUUCACCAGACCAGAGAACAACAGUCAACCCAUCCAAUGGAACAUCUUCCAUGGAGAGUAUUCGUCAGGAGUUUGAUCUUAAUGAAGCCUAUGUACCUGAAACUUCGAUGAGUCAUGUGAAUGGGUUUUUAUCAUCUUUUAGACAAGUUGGAGUGAAUAGUUCAGCUUCUUCACAAGUAUCUAGAGCAGGGCCUCGGACCGUGUCUGUAAGGCGCAGGAUCCAACUUCAGAUACACCACCAUCUUCUCAAUAACAGUGUAAAUCCAUUUCCUAAUAGAAAUAGAAUGGCAGCUGCGACUUUGGGGAUUUCAGACACUAAUAUAUUGGGUGUUCAAACCGAUCGUUCAAGUGAUGUAGCAUUUCAACCAGCAGUUGCAUUCCAAAGUACAUCUCCUCAUAUGUUCUUUCAAGGAAGACCACAUGUUGCUUACAGGCCUCAAGUGCCGAAUUGGGAUUUUCUUCCUUUGCCAAGUCAAUUAAUUCAGGGUCAAACGUCUACUUCAGCUAAUGAUUCAACAAAUAGGAUAUUACAACCUGGAUUACAGGGGAUGAACAUGUAUGCCAACUCUAGGUUGGAAUAUGGCCUAAGCAAUCCUUUUAGUAGCAGAUUAAAUGCAGGAUCUGAUGUAGGCAUAUCUGUGUUUGGACAAAGAGAGGUGAGCAACCAUAAUCUAGGAAAGGAACAAGUGCAAUUGAUGGUUAUGAGCCAUUUAAAAGGCUUGUCCAGACAUUUGGAGUUAGGACAUGAUUCGUUGGAGGACAUUUCAAGGAGCUCUACGCACACUAUUUUAGCUGUAUGUGGGCUUGAGCACUUGGAUAUUGAGGUUUGUCCUGUCCGGGUAGCCCCAUCAACCUGUAACCAUGUUAAAACAAAGGAAGAUGACUGGAAAAACUUACUGAAAGGCAUCUGCCAAUCUUGUUUCGAUUCAUUCGUGAAGGAUGUCGUAAGGGAGAUUAUGAACAAGAAGGUGGUCCUUCCAUUCUAUUUAUUAUAGGGUUUAGUAAUUGAUGCAAGUGAGAAGAUAUUAUUCCACCAUCAUUUGCUAACUGACCUUUCUUUUGCAAUUAUAGAAUUUUACAACUGAUCUGACUUUGUUUCGAAUUGUUUGUUCUCAACAUAAAUAUUCAUCCCUUUUUCUUUUUCUUCUCCUUUUCUUCUUCUUCUUCUUCUCUUUUUCCAUUUGUAGGGUUUAGGAAAGGAAUUCAUGUUGGAAUUGUUCAUAUGGAUAAAAUUGGAUGCGGUAUUAUUAUUUGAUCA